UUCACAUUGUACCAACUGGCAAUGAGGCAAUUAAGUAAACAAGAUCAUUAUGAUUUUGGAUUACGUUCAAUGGUGGCACUUCUGAGAUACGCGGGUAGGAAAAGACGUCAAUAUCCCCAACACCCUGAAGAGCAAAUGGUUUACUUGGCAAUGCGCGACAUGAAUAUUGCUAAACUUACAGCUGACGAUUUGCCACUCUUUAACGGAAUUAUGUCUGAUAUUUUUCCCGGAGUUGUUAUUCCUACCAUAGACUAUGAAGAUAUGAAUAACGCGAUUUCAGCUGAGUUAGUCGCCAAUGGAUGGCAGCCUGUUCAGAUAGCCAUUACGAAAGUUAUCCAAUUAUACGAAACGAAAAAUUCAAGACAUUCCGUGAUGAUAUUAGGUAAUACUGGUACUGCCAAAACAGUUACAUGGAAAUCAUUGAAAGGUGCUAUGGGUCGACUAAAAAAGCUUAACAAAGCGGGAUUUAAUGUUGUUGAAGUUUUUCCUAUCAACCCAAAGGCCCUCAAUUUGGGAGAAUUAUAUGGGGAGUACAAUUUGGCAACUAACGAAUGGUUGGAUGGUGUUAUAAGCGCUACUAUGCGAACUACUUGUUCAG